AUGAAUCUGGUACAGGACCUUGCACUUGGAUCUCUUGAACUUCAUAAGGUUCAUUUGGGCCCAUGUCUCAAGCCUGUCUAUCUGAAUGGCAUCCUAUCCCUCAGGUGUGCUGGCAGCCCCACACAGCUUGGUGCCAUCCACAAACUUGCUGAGGAUGUAGUCAAUCUCACUGUGGAUCUCACCAAGGAGGAGAACUUGUCCAUACUAAGCCUUCAGGGACACCACCCAUCACUGAUCUCCAUCCACAUGUUGACCACCACUUUCUGGAUUCCUGGACCAGCUUGUUGUACAUGGCCACCUUCCAGGACUGCUGAACUCUGUGGCAGACAAGUAGCUAUAAAGGUGAUAUUAGUGGAAGGAUGGCAUGAUUUAGACAACAAAGACUAUGACUGUUGGCCCCUGGAAAAACCAGAUGAAUAUAACAUGAUGGACUGUGGAGGUCUGGAGAUGGCGUGGGUUCAGAAGCCUCCAGAAACUGCAAUAAGUGGGGAAUUCUUCAAUGUGACCUAUGCAGUCUUUGCUUCAGAUGGCUUUUAUCAAUACGCAGUACAAAAUGGAGUCCUUUCUCACAGCAAUGCUAGUGCUGCAAAGGAAUUUUGUGAGGAGCAUGAGUGCCCUGCCAGCUGGAAAGAUGCAAAUGGCGAGAACUGCUGUGUCCACCAUGCCAAUAUUCACUCCUGUCCUUUGGCUUUUAUGGGUAGAGGAGGAAUAUGUGGUCCAUGGAUUCCUGAUGAUGGCCAGAUAUUUACUCACACUUUGUCGACAGCUGGCAAAAUGAGCCAAAGAAACUGGACUGCCAAGGUUGUUUUGGUUCAUGUGGGUGUGACUUCUCUCAUCGCACACAUCAGAGUUGGAAGAAUGCAAGUUGCUCUGGAAGCGAAAACUACAGUCCUUCCUGCAGUAGUUUGUGGAGAUGGCUUUUGCGAGGAAGAGGAAAGCUGCUCUAUUUGUCCAGCAGAUUGUGGAGAAUGCCCUCUGUCUGCUUAUGCUAGGAUAGCAAUUGCCUUACCCGUAUGUUUAGUCUGCAUUGGCUUCAUUGUGACAGUCAUAUGGUUUCAGUAUCAGAAACAAAAGAUGCUUUGGGAUGAAAGCUGGAUUAUAGAGUUCACCUGCAUCAAACAAGAUCACAAACUCUGGACAGCAACAGGAAGCGUGAUAAGUGUUCUCCCAGCACCGAGUGAAUCCAAUGCCAGCUGUAUCACUGUUCUGAGCUCCUGCCCUGCAGCUGCUAACGCGCCCAAGAAACAGCAUUUCACCCAGACUGGGAGAUAUGACGGUAGAACAGUGGCCAUUAAAAAAAUAAUGAAGAAGGCAUUUACCCUAUCCAAAUCCAUACGUAAGGAAGUAAAGCAAGUAAGGGAACUUGACCAUCCCAAUCUCUGCAAAUUCAUUGGUGGUUGUAUAGAAGUACCAAAUGUUGCCAUAGUGACAGAGUACUGCCCCAAAGGCAGCCUUCAUGAUGUUCUGCUCAAUGAAGAUAUCCCUUUGAACUGGGGAUUCAGGUUUUCUUUUGCUACUGAUAUUGCCCAAGGAAUGGCCUAUCUUCACCACCACAAAAUGUAUCAUGGACGGUUGAAGUCUAAUAAUUGUGUAAUAGAUGACCGAUGGGUUUGUAAAAUUGCAGAUUACGGCUUGCAGUUGUACAGAAAAGAAGAUUCUUCUGAGGGAUACCAGCAGAACUUGAUACCGAUUUACAUAGCUCCUGAAAUCCAUUCCCUUUUGGAUUUUGAACCCAAUUCCAUGACAGAUGUAUACAGUUAUGCCAUCAUUUUACUAGAAAUUGCCACAAGAAGUGACCCCAUGCCAGAUGGUGUGCCUUCAGCAGAAUGUUCUUGGUGUCUACCUUUAGCAGAAUUAAUUUCAGGAAAGGCAGAGGAUUCCUGCCCAUGUCCCACAGAUUACAUAGAGCUAAUCAGAAAAUGCAGAAAAAAUAAUCCAGUCCAGAGGCCUACAUUUGAACAAAUCAAGAAGAUGUUAAACAAGAUGAAUCCUAAUAAAGUUAACCCUGUUGACAUGAUGAUGACUCUGAUGGAGAAAUACAGCAAACACCUGGAGAUACUGGUUUCUGAGAGAACCCAAGACUUAAUGCAUGAAAAACAGAAGACCGAUCGUCUGUUGUACAGUAUGUUGCCAAAGCAAGUAGCAGAUGAUCUCAGGCAAGGAAAACGUGCACAAGCUCAAAGUUACUUAAGUGCCACCAUCUUUUUCAGUGACAUUGUUGGCUUCACUCAGCUAUCCAGCAGCAGCACACCUUACCAAGUGGUAGAUCUCUUGAACAAGCUUUAUACCACUUUUGAUGAAAUCAUAGAUAACUAUGAUGUCUAUAAGGUGGAGACAAUAGGAGAUGCCUAUAUGGUAGUGUCCGGAGUACCCAAAGAGAAUGGGAUCCUUCACGCUGGUGAGAUUGCAAGCAUGGCUUUAGACCUUGUGAAUGUCUGCAAGACUUUUAAGAUCCCACACAAGCCCAACACCCUUCUGGAGAUAAGAGCGGGAAUACAUUCAGGGGCAGUUGUAGCUGGAGUUGUUGGAACCAAGAUGCCACGGUAUUGUUUAUUUGGAGAUACUGUGAACACAGCUUCCAGGAUGGAAUCUACCAGUGAAGCUCUUAAAAUACAGUGCAGUCCAAGUACAUACCAGCUGUUGGAGCAGAUUGGAGACUAUGUGUUAAUAUGUCGUGGGAAUUUACAAGUCAAGGGAAAAGGAGACAUGAUAACUUAUUGGCUGGAAGGUAAGAAAGCGUCUGCCACUCACAAGACAGUCCCCAACCCAUCUGUGACUCUUCAAGAUCCCAACAGAACUUCAUUUAGUUUGAUACCAGGUGUCCUUCAGAGUGAUGCUGUCUCAAGUCCUGCUUACUAGCCACUCACUGACUCCAAUAUCCAGUCUGUUCUCAGUCUGUUAGUUGAUUCUUCUGAUUCAGAAAGUAAGUAAAUAGAAUGUCUUU